CGUAGUACGCAGGCGCGGGCGUUUGGGUCGAGACGCGCGGGGCGCCGGGUGGAAGCGGGAGAGAGUGCCUGGGCGUGAGACCCGGCAGCGGGCGGUUGACUGAGCAAGUGACCCUGCACCUCUGCCGCCAUGGCAGCCCUGCGCUAUGCGGGCCUGGACGACACGGACAGCGAGGACGAGCUACCCCUGGGCUGGGAGCAGAGAACCACCAAGGACGGCUGGGUUUACUAUGCCAAUCACACUGAGGAGAAGACUCAAUGGGAACAUCCGAAAACUGGAAAAAGAAAACGAAUAGCAGGAGAUUUGCCAUAUGGAUGGGAACAAGAAACCGAUGAGAAUGGACAAGUGUAUUUUGUCGACCACAUAAAUAAAAGAACUACCUAUUUGGACCCAAGAUUGGCAUUUACCGUGGAUGAUAAUCCUACAAAGCCAACCAACAGACAGAGAUAUGAUGGUAGCACCACAGCCAUGGAAAUACUCCAGGGCCGGGAUUUCACAGGCAAAGUGGUCGUCGUUACUGGAGCUAAUUCAGGAAUAGGAUUUGAAACUGCCAAGUCUUUUGCCCUCCACGGUGCUCAUGUGAUCUUGGCCUGUAGGAACAUGACAAGAGCCAAUGAAGCCGUGUCACGCAUUUUAGGAGAAUGGCAUAAAGCCAAGGUGGAAGCAAUGACCCUGGACCUUGCUCUGCUCCGUAGCGUGCAGCAUUUUGCUCAAGCGUUCAAGGCCAAGAAUGUGUCUCUGCAUGUGCUCGUGUGCAACGCAGCGGCUUUUGCUCUGCCCUGGAGCCUCACAAAAGAUGGCCUGGAGACCACCUUCCAGGUGAAUCACCUGGGCCACUUCUACCUUGUCCAGCUCCUCCAGGAUGUCUUAUGCCGCUCAGCCCCAGCCCGAGUCGUCGUGGUCUCCUCGGAGUCCCAUAGAUUUACUGAUAUUAAUGAUUCCUUGGGAAAACUAGACUUCAGCCGCCUGUCUCCAUCUAAAAAUGAUUACUGGGCCAUGCUCGCUUACAACCGGUCCAAACUCUGCAACAUUCUCUUCUCCAAUGAGCUCCAUCGCCGCCUGUCCCCGCGAGGCGUCACAUCGAAUGCUGUGCAUCCUGGAAACAUGAUGUACUCCUCCCUUCAUCGCAACUGGUGGGUGUACACGCUGCUGUUUACCUUGGCCAGGCCUUUCACCAAGUCCAUGGUAAGUGAGCGGCUUUCAUCUCCGCAGACGCUCUCAGUGCGCCUUUGUGGGAAGGGUCCUAGAGAAACCCAGGCGCUGGUUUUCUGCAGCCUCUCACCUCUUGUAAUGAUAAGUCUGGUCUUGGUAAUCACAUCAUCAAGCCUAUUAAAGCCAUUGGAAAGGGCCCUUGAACACAUUUCAAUCACUUUUAGAUUAUAUCUGUUUCUCUAA